AUGGCUCUGGGCGAAUUUGGUCUCCUCACCUGGCUUCGGGAGAGCCGGCAGUCAAGGAAAUUAAUCCUUCUUAUCGUAUUUCUUGCUCUCCUCUUGGACAAUAUGCUGCUCACGGUUGUGGUGCCCAUCAUUCCCAGUUACUUAUACAGCAUUAAGCAUGAAAAAAAUGCCACAGAAAUACAAACUGCCAAACCAGAAACUGGGCCUCCUACCUUCAGCACCAUCUUCUCCUAUUAUGACAACUCCACGAUGGUCACUGGGAAUACCACUAAAGCAUCUGGACGAAGACAGUCCUAUAAGACAGUGACACAGCAGAUGAUAGUCAAUGCAACCAGCAUGCCAUCUGACUGCCCCAAGGAAGACAAAGACCUGCUCAAUGAAAAUGUUCAAGUCGGCUUAUUAUUUGCUUCCAAAGCGACCAUACAGCUCCUCACUAACCCUUUCAUAGGGCCAAUGACUAACAGAAUAGGCUACCAGAUCCCGAUGUUCGCAGGAUUCUGUAUAAUGUUUGUCUCCACUAUCAUGUUUGCUUUUUCUGGGAGUUACGCAUUACUCCUCAUAGCAAGAUCCUUGCAAGGCGUGGGUUCUUCUUGCUCUUCUGUAGCUGGGAUGGGUAUGCUGGCCAGUGUUUACACAGAUGAUGAAGAAAGAGGCAAUGCCAUGGGAAUUGCCUUAGGAGGUCUCGCUUUGGGAGUGCUAGUGGGGCCACCCUUCGGAAGUGUGAUGUACGAAUUUGUGGGGAAGACUGCUCCUUUCCUGGUCCUGGCUGCCUUAAUUCUGCUGGAUGGAGCUAUUCAACUGUUGAUUCUCCAACCAUCCAGAGUUCAACCAGAAAGUCAGAAAGGAACCUCGCUAGUCACCCUGUUGAAGGAUCCCUACAUCUUAAUUGCUGCAGGGUCGAUCUGUUUUGCAAACAUGGCUAUUGCAAUGCUGGAACCGGCGUUACCAAUCUGGAUGAUGGAGACCAUGUGUUCCAGAAAAUGGCAGCUGGGCGUUGCUUUCCUACCAGCUAGUAUCUCUUAUCUUCUUGGAACCAAUAUUUUUGGGAUACUUGCACACAAAAUGGGAAGGUGGCUUUGUGCUCUCUUGGGGAUGAUCAUUGUUGGAAUCAGCAUUUUAUGUGUACCAUUUGCAAAAAACAUUUAUGGACUGAUCGCACCAAAUUUUGGAGUUGGUUUUGCAAUUGGGAUGGUGGAUUCCUCAAUGAUGCCCAUCAUGGGUUACCUGGUAGACCUGCGCCAUGUCUCUGUCUAUGGGAGUGUAUAUGCCAUUGCAGACGUUGCCUUCUGUAUGGGGUUUGCAUUGGGCCCGUCUGUUGGUGGGGCCCUUGCAAAGGCGAUUGGGUUCCCGUGGCUCAUGACAAUUAUUGGGAUCAUUGACAUUCUCUUUGCCCCUCUCUGCUUUUUCCUUCGAAGUCCACCUGCCAAGGAAGAAAAAAUGGCAAUCCUCAUGGAUCACAACUGUCCAAUUAAAACAAAAAUGUACACGCAGAACAACAUUCAGUCAUAUCCAACAGUUGAUGAUGAAGAAUCUGAGAGUGACUGA